GAAGUGCUUAGUUAUUCUUGCUGGCUUCACAGUGGUCUGGCUACCAGCCCCUGGUUAGCUAGAUAACUAACUAGCUAGUCUUGGGAUGGCUGCAGAAAGAAUCAUAUCCGCGGUUUCAGACUACCCAGAAUUAUAUAACUCAACUUUGACUUCAUAUAGAGACCCGAUAAAAAAAUCGGAUGCAUGGAAGGCUGUGGGUAAACAAUUGGGACUGAAAGAGGAAGAUGCCCGAAAGAAAUGGAGAAACCUGAGGGAUGUGUUCACAAGGAAAGUGAAAGCAGAUCGGAUCCGUGGUGCCACAGGGAAGGCCCUAAAAAAAUGGAGAUAUAGUGAAUUAAUGGCAUUUCUGAUCCCAUACAUACAGCGAGGUAGAGGAACCGGCGGCAGCAAUAGCACAGAGGAGUUUGAUGAUGGAAAAGAUGAGACAACUAGCACCUCUGACGUCCUGAUUGAUCUAGAUGGAAGUGUGGUUGAUACCAAGAUGUCACCACCUUUGGACAACAACUUAGAUGAGAUGACAUGGAAAGAUUCCUGGCAAACAGCUGGACAAGGAGACAAUGAGGAUGAGAUGUUUUUCAUGAGCCUACUCCCUCACCUCAAGCGGUUACCUUACAGGAAAAAGUGUGCAAUUAAGCUGAAAUUUCACCAACUUCUUCACGAUGCUGAAUUUGAGGACACCGACUAGCCUAACUGUACAGUAAAUAUAUUUUGUAUCAACGAGUUGGGACUUUCUUAGGACAGAACAUUUUGUUGGAAAUACAUUUUUAUCAAUAUUCAUUUAGUUACCUUGAGAAAGUGGAACCCCUCCCACACACACCUUCCAAGUUUGAGCCCACUGGUGAUGUUUCAGUGUGGUAGUGAUAGACGGGAGGGGGCUGUAGUUCUUAAUUAACCGGACUAAGCUAGAAACAUUAUUAUUUGUUUAAAAUAUUUUCAUUCUCCUAAUAUUUGUGGAGAGGGCUGCUUUUAGCGAAGACCCUUUAUACAUGUAUUAUAUAUACGAACACAUGGAGAUGGUUUGUUACUUAGAAUUUUAUUUGUAAAUAAUAUUCUUACAAUGUUGGUCUGUUUAGUGUCACCUUGCCCUCUGGUCACAGGCAUAGCCAAGGGAUGGUGUUUUGGGGGUGGGGGCUAAUACAGGACUAGUAAAGGCCCAGUGCACUACUUUUAUUUUUUUAGGGGUUGCUUCAGCACCCCUACUUCCCGCGGCUAUGCAUACAGGUAUGCAUUUUGUUUGCUCCUGUAAUACUUUAGUCGGGUUGUAAAAAUAAAAAGAUGAGUAAAUGUUCUCCAUGCUAGUGUAAUGGUGCAAUAGUUGCUCUUUUGACAAUUUCUAUUUUGUCUACUUUUUGAAGUUGGUUAUUUCAUUCAUGCAUUUUAGAAUGUUAUUGAGCUUAAUAAAAGUUGUGGUUAAAUGCU